CUGUGAAUGAUUUCUCUAAAAGUCAAGAGCUGUAAAAGAACGUCGCUUUAUUGUCACUGUGAACAUUUUUAUAAUGUUAAUUCCUUUUCAAGUUGUGGAAAACAAAUCUCAAAAAAUAUUUUAAAAAAGUAUUUUGCCACUUACUGUGUAUAAGUUACAUAUUUCAUAAUAAUAAACCGACUGUGAAUUAUUUUAUGUUGAAGUGUGGGAAGCGCACAUGAUGAAUACAAUCGAAAAGUAUCAACACAAAAGAGUGUGAAACUGAAAAGUCAGCGAACGAAAGACAGGAGUGCGAAAGCAGCUGUUAAACUAUAGGUAGACAAAGAAUUGCGGACGAAGAAAAUAUAAUUUGAUAUAGCCAACACAUUUUUGUGUACUAAAUACGCCAUCACAUACUCUAAUUGGGGACAAGGCGCAUACGAAAGAAGUAUUUUGAAACAAAUAUUAGGCGAUGCUAGGUGAAAGUGAAAAAUGAUCUGAAUAUUGGGAACGCAAUGCAAAUUUUCUUUAUUCACCGUAAGUUCCGUUCUUAUUGUGAAUGAAUGGAAAAAAAUUUUGCCAAGUAUUAACAGAAAAAUACGAAUCGUGAACAGCAGCGAACAGCACGCAAAAAGAAGCAAUAGAUGAAGUGCAAAAACACAGCAGCAGAACAAAGAAGAAGAUAACCAAGAGCAAACACUACAACGACGUUGACCCACUACAGAAGCAAAAGAAAAAGUGCAAAGAAAAGUAAAAAAGCUGUUGUCCAUGCCAGGGAAUACGUCCAUCCAACCAUCUGAUAUAUAGAAUUGCAUACGACAACGAGCAUAUCUCUCCAGGAUAGAGGAAAAACAAUCCAAAAACAACAAAUAGAGCAAAGGUUAAUCAGUGAGUCUGACGUAUUGACGAUGUCUGCUGAACACGACGUGGCAAUAUCUGGACAAUCCUACAAUGAUCAACAGCAGUGCGAACUCAAUGAUGUCGGUAAUAUCACACAAAACACCUCCAAUGCCAUUUCCGAUUGUGAAGAUAACACAACAACGGCGGCGACGGCACAAUCUUCAGUGACAAAUGGCGCUACGACAACAGAUACAGACCUUAUACGUUAUUCACGACGAUCACUGUUAGCCCUACGAAAAGAACAACCUUCGCUGCAACAUCCCGAAUGUGCAUUAAAACCGGAAUUGCAAAUUCUGUCCAUAUGGACGUGUCGUUUACGCAACGAACUACAGUAUUUGGGUUUGUGGAAGGCACCGAAUAAUGGCAAUCAGUACGGCAAUUGCACAGGGGGUCCAGGUUGCUGUUCCAAUGAAGGUGGCUGCGAUGGCAUGACCGGCGACGAUAUGUCAUAUGAUUUGGGCAGUGACGGUGCUGGCGGUAGUGGCUAUGUGGGUGGCCUACACCAGCCACCGCAUUUGAUGGGAGGGCCACCGUCGUUGCUGGCCAGUAAACGUACUGUACGUCCAAGAUUUAUGAAUCCUCAACGUGGCGGCAUACAUCCCGCGGGCUCUUUAGGCGGGAGUAGUGGAGGUAUUGGUAGUUAUAUUGAUCAUCGUAGCAUAUCUUCCUCACAUUUAAUGCCGGCCUUUGUCAAGCGUCGCUCGGGCAAUAUUCCUGGCAAGCCAGUCGACGGACAAGCGCCUCCCAAUCUUCGUAGCACUAGUGCAAGCAGUGUUGGCGGAUACAGUGGCGGCGGAACUAACAACGACAACGACAGUAGUGAUGGCAACGAAGAGCAUAAAGCUGCUGCUGAUUCCCAUGGUCUAACUGGUGGUAGUAAUCUCAAGCGAAAAGAGCUUUUAAAACCUAUUAGUAUGUAUAAGGGCUCUCCCAAUGCGCGAUCUAAUAAAGAUGAUCCCUAUGCGGACACUCAGCCGGGUUGGAUGCCGUCAAUGUCUAAGCUGAACCCAGAAUAUUCUCCAUCUGGCAACAAGACUUCAGGUCCUGGGGGCGCUAACAACAAGAGACUAGUCUAUGAGCGUCGUAUAGGCAGUGGUCGCCUAAUGCCUCGCGAAGACAGUUGGGGUGAUAUGCGACCACCUGGUGACAGUAAACGUGGCGAUAAAGAAAAAUUGCUACCGCCACAGGGUAAAUACAAUGACAAUGGCGUUGCCGGAGGAGGUGUAGACAAAAUGAAUCUUCGCAAUACCUCAGUCCGUUUCGGCGGUGAUGCCCGGAAUACCGAAAGACCGCAUUAUGAACGCCAUGCUUUGGUGGACGGAGGCGAAACGGAUAAGUACGAUAGCAGUACUGCGGCAAGUCAACGUACUAUGUUAUUUCGGAGUCGAGGUUUUUUGGGCGGCAAUAGUAAUGUUCGUGAACAUCGUGAUUUUAAGGACUUUCGUGAAGCGAGAGAUUUACGAGCUGGCACUCCUCGUGAAAGGCGAGAAUCACGAGAUUACAAUAGAUACAGUAAAGACGAACCAGAAUGGCUUAGUGAAGGUCCAACCUCUCAACAUGACACAAUCGAAUUGCGUGGUUUUGAGGAAAUGGAUAUGGCAGAAGUGGCAGAGGCUGCAACAGCAAAUGGUGAUAAAGACCGACAAAUCGGAAGCGAAAGAAAAGAUUCGGAAAGUUCCUUGUUCAAUAGUAGCAGUAAUUUGAAUUUGAAUACAUCAACCAAAGAGAAAGCUAAUGGCUCACACGAAACUCUAAACUCUGAUGCUAGAGACAAUGAGCUCGAUGCUGCACAAGAUAAUGCAAAUUCUGUCGAACUCAAAGAAUCGUCGCCUAAAGAAAAUGUGUCUGUGAAUUCUAGCCUGAAUGCCAAUGUAGAUUUGGACAAUACAAUGGAAAAACAAGCUGAACAGGUAGUGGCGGCAUCUGUUGCUGUGGCCGCCGCCGAAGAUGCUGCUGCAGUGGCUGCUGCAACCGUCUCAGUUCCAACAAGCGAUGCCGUGAAUAUAACCGAACAGUUUUUUGAACGAUUCCUUAAUAUCGAUACAUUGGAGAAUUCUAUUAUUGGUGGUGGUCAUCAUCAAUCACUGCCAUUUAACGAAUCUGCUGGAUCAUCACGUUUUAGCCGUUGGUUCCGCAACAGCAGUGAGACUAACAACAACAACAACGAUGUGACAAAUGACAUAUCUUCACCACAACCGGCAGAAGAUAAACGACACCCGCCAACAAUUUCGAAUACUGAUCUAAAUGAAAAUCAUAAUGACGUAAACUCAUCUUUGAUGGCAUUUUUCAAGAGUGGAAAUGUGCCAACGCCGGAGCUACCGAAAGGCUUCCCCGCCAUGCCGGCACCUCUUAGUGUUGGAGAAUUGGAGGCUAGAAUGCGCAAAAUGGAUGCCGGUGUUGGAGAGAGAGGAAGUGAAAUGGGUGGCGGUUUCAUAAUGCAUGGACAUCCUCCACCUCCCACUGAGCUACAAAUGCGCAACGCCGAAAAUGGCCAGCAAACAAACGAAAUGUCCGGUCAAGAUAUUGGAGCUUUCCAAAAAUUAUUGGAUCAAUUGGGCAAGCCUAAAGUGGACAUACCAAUGAAUUUAAUGAUACCUCCUGGUGGUGAGCAACAUAUGCCUAUACCAACACCAAUUGGUAUGUUACCUCCCGGUAUGAUUCCACACGGAUUGCCACAUCCAACACCUCCACCGCCGCUUAAUAUGCUGGAUCAUGAAGAUAUGCUAAAGUUGAUGCAUCAGCAGGCUAUGAUGCGACGUCAUCAGACAAUGUUAAAGAUGAUACCGCCACAACACCAUCGUAUGCCACCACAACAGCCAUCGCCUCAGUAUCAGACACAGGGCGGAGGAAUGGUCAAUAAAAAUAUGCAAUUGGGUGGUCAUCAUCCCCACCUUAUGUCACCAAUUAUGGGAAAUCCAUUGCAGGAACAGGCACCACAUCAGCAGCAGCAACAAUCCCAGCCUCCAGCCCCGCAGCAGCAACAACAGCCUAAUCCUGGUGAUAUUAUGCUUGGCUUGCAACAGACUAGACCCGUACAUUCUCCUACACCACUAGCUUUUACACCAACAUCGGUUUUACGUAAAAUGACAGCAGAGAAAGAUAAUAAUGCUCAGCAAACGCCAAUGCCCAUGGCAUCGCCACAGCAGCAGCAACAACAGCAAUUGCAACAUCAGCAGCUUCAGUUGCAGCAACAACUUCAACAACAACAACAGCAGCAGCAGCAAUCACAAAUGUCCGGACAUCCGAUUUCAACUCCACCUCCUCUGCCACAACAUAUGAUUAAACUCUCCCAACAGCAACAACAACAGCAGCAGCAACAACAACAACAGCAGCAACAACAACAUCAGCAAAAACAACAACAGCAACUUCAACAGCAUAUUAACCCGCCUAGAAUGAUACUCGGAGCUGGCAAUCCACAACAUUUGCAUCAGCAACAACCUCAACAAAUGCCACCAAAUCCAGAAGUUGGUAGUCCUCAAAUGUUGCCGCCACAUUUAAGAAACCAACAACUUGCAGGUUUGAAAUGGCCACCUGGCUUUAUUGGUGGUCCAGCCGCAACAGCUCAUCCUUCGAUGAUGAAUGCCGCCAUGAAUAAGCCGAUGGGACGGCCCAUACUUAAGGGUCCGGUGUCUCAAGUCCUCCAACAUCCACAGAAUCAACUUAAUCCACAGAUUCCCAAUCACUUGAAUGACUCUCAAAAUGCUCAGAAUCCAGCUAAUGUGGGACAAAUGCAGCAAUUCCCACAACAACAACAGCAACAGUCCCAUCCACCACCACAAGCAAUGUUGGGCGGACAUCCCUUCCCUGCGCACUUUUUGCAAAAUCAGUCGCCUCAGAAUAAUCACCAACAACAACAGCAACAUCACUUGUUCCAACAACAACAACGCUCAUUGGAAUUACAACGUCAACAACAUCAAAUGUUCCAACAACAUCCAUUCUUGGACAUGGCCGUUGCUGCCGCUGUUGCCCAGCAACAACAACCACAACUCUCCCAUCACCAGCAGCCACCAUCAACCAAUAAUGACAACAAUUCUGCCACGAAUUUAAAUUACCAAGCAGACGGACGUCUGUCCCCUACAAGCAAUGUGUUGGCUCAAUGGUUUUCUCCUGAGGUUUUGGCCAAGGCUUCUGCAGGAAAGCUGCCACUGUUGAACAUGAACCAAGCCCUAAGCUUGGAAGCAUUGGAAAAGAGUAUACAACAUUCCUCAACGCCUGUACACAAUUAAAAAGAGAAACAUAAAAAAAGAAAACAUGCUUAUAACUUUAAAUUAUAAUAAAAUUGAAAAAGAACAACAACAAACACACAUAAAAAGUUAUUGUAAUUAGUUGGAUAUUGAUACAACAACAAGAGCCCAAUUUAAAACACACAAAAAACAAUCAAUUCAUUUUCCUUUUAUUUGUAAAUUUUGAAUUCGACAAUUUUUUUUCACAAGUUUGUGCCAAAAUGUGGUAAAUAAAAAGAUAACAAGAAAGAAAUACCCAAAAAAAAAAAGAAACCAACAACAAUUAAUGACGUCUUAAUAUAAAUUCGAUAUUACGGGCAAGGUGGCCAAAUAAAAGGCAUACUUUCGAACUGCUCAUAGAGUCGAUGGCAAGAUGAAAACAAAGCACUCUCGUGUUUUUACCUUUGAUUAAAUUAUUAUCUCCAUGUGUAACGUUUUAAUAGCGAUUCUCAGUUUUCUUAAUCACUACUUGAAAAAUCAAGUAAUCUGUAAAAUAUACUCUACGAUAGACAAACAACUGUAUUGAUUUUAAAGAAGUUCAUUCUCCAAAAGACAACCUGCCUGCCUGCCUGCCCGCCCGCCAGCUAGCCAAUCAGCCAAACAUUCAAACAUGAGAAUUAACCAAGUCCACUUCAAAGAGUUUUGCUUGCUUUGUCUUAGAAUGUUAUUCAUCUUUGCAUAUUUCUUUUAAAUGAGUAAUUAAAUAUUGAUUUUUUUCUUAUUUCCUCUUUGUUUAUAAUUAUCCAUAAAUAUUCAUUUAGAUCAAGAUUAUAUUCUCAUUCAAAUUUAUUGUAUUUAAAAAAACGAACUAAACUUAUUUUAUUAUAACUAUUAUUAGUAAUUGUAAAAAGUUUGCUAAAUAAUUGAAAAAAAAAAAAAAAAAACGGAAAUAAUUUCAUCUGUUUUGAUUUUAAUUUUUUUUCGAGAUUGAUGAUAUUAUAAAAUAAUAAAAACAAAAAUAUGAAACGACUGAUAA